UUUCUUUUCACUCAUACCAUACCCGGUUUCUCUCCAGCUUUUUCAACAUGGCUGCCCAGGCUAGUGAAAAGCUGCAGAAGCUCGACCUCAACGGUCAGAGCGGCGAUGCAAAGGUCGACGCUCCCGCCGCUGGUCAGGCUGGAACCGGAGAUGCGGAGGAUGAUUCCGACGACGAUGAAGUAGAGGAUAACGCUGGCGUUGAAGGUGCAGCCAAUGGAGCCGCCAAGAAAAAGAAGAAGCGCAAGUCCAAGAAGAAGAAGAAGGGCGGUCCCAAGGUCCAGAGCUCUCCUCCGCGCGUCCCGAUCUCGACCUUGUUCCCGAACAGCCAGUUUCCCGAAGGAGAAAUCGUUGAGUAUCAAAAUGAAAACUCUUACCGGACUACCAACGAGGAGAAGCGUUAUCUCGACCGCAUGAACAAUGACUUCCUGCAGGAGUACCGUCAGGGCGCUGAGGUGCACCGCCAGGUCCGUCAAUAUGCACAGAAGAACAUCAAGCCCGGCCAGACCUUGACAGAAAUCGCUGAGGGUAUUGAGGACGCUGUCCGUGCUCUUACUGGCCACCAGGGCUUGGAGGAGGGUGACAACCUUAAGGGUGGUAUGGGUUUCCCCUGUGGUUUGAGUAUCAACCACUGUGCCGCCCACUACACGCCCAAUGCAGGCAACAAGAUGGUUUUGCAACAGGGCGAUGUCAUGAAGGUCGAUUUCGGAGCCCACAUCAACGGACGCAUUGUUGAUAGUGCCUUUACCGUUGCCUUCGAUCCUGUCUAUGACCCUCUAUUGGCUGCCGUCAAGGACGCCACCAACACUGGUAUCCGGGAAGCUGGUAUUGAUGUCCGCAUGAGCGAUAUUGGUGCAGCCAUCCAGGAAGUCAUGGAGAGUUACGAGUGCGAAAUCAACGGAACUGUGCACCCCGUUAAAUGCAUUCGAAACCUGAACGGUCACAACAUUGACCAGCACAUCAUCCACGGUGGAAAGAGUGUUCCCAUCGUGAAGGGCGGAGAUCAGACCAAGAUGGAGGAGGGUGAAGUCUUCGCCAUCGAGACCUUCGGUAGUACCGGAAAGGGCUAUGUGCACGAGGAUAUGGAAACCUCCCAUUAUGCGCUGGUUCCGAACGCUACUCCGGUGCCUUUACGUCUCUCUUCCGCAAAGAAUCUGUUGAACGUUAUCAACAAAAAUUUUGGAACUCUUCCCUUCUGCCGUCGAUAUCUCGACCGGUUGGGUCAAGACAAGUAUCUCCUUGGGUUGAACAACCUGGUGCAGUCAGGCAUUGUACAGGACUACCCUCCCCUCUGCGAUAUCAAGGGCUCUUAUACUGCCCAGUACGAACACACCAUUGUUCUCAGACCUACCGUAAAGGAGGUUUGCACGCCUACAAGUCUGGGAGAGCAUGCAACAUACUUGCUCAAUCUAGCAUUGAUAAGAUUCUCAGAACAGGAUUUUCCUUUCAUUCCACCGUCAAUUGUUGCUCUCUUCAGUAUGUCCUCCUCCGUUAUUGAAGCUGCCGCCGCAGCUGGAACUUCGCCGCAUCUCCGCGUGUCUGCGAUCAAGAGUCAGGAUGCCCAGAACAUAACACAAGGCGACCAGCUCUCCGCCAGAAUCGCCCCUCCGGAGAAAUCUGCCGUUGAGGACCAUUUUUUCUGGACUUACACGGAGGAGCCUCAUCGAUCCAGGCGCCUGGCUAUUAUCAAAGCUCAUCCGGAGGUAACCAAGCUCUGUGGACCAGAGCCCCUGACCAAAUAUGUCGUUCUGGGUGUCGUCUUUCUUCAGAUCCUUUGCGCCUACCUCCUCCGCAAUACCUCCAUGCUGUCCUGGAAAUUUCUCGCAACCGCAUACGUAAUUGGGGCCACUUCAAACCAAAACCUCUUCCUUGCAAUUCAUGAGAUCUCCCACAACCUUGCCUUCCGGUCCGCCAUGGCCAACCGACUACUGGCCAUAUUUGCCAACCUUCCAAUUGGCUUGCCCUACAGUGCCGCCUUCCGGCCUUACCACCUCACCCAUCAUAAGUCUCUCGGUGUGAGCGGGCUGGAUACCGACCUCCCUACCGCCGUCGAAGCCUUCUUCCUUGAUUCGCUCCUAGGCAAGGCAUUCUUUUGCACAUUCCAAAUCUUUUUCUAUGCCGUCCGGCCUAUGUUCAUCUAUAGCCCUCCCUUCACACACAUCCACCUUCUGAACCUCGCUGUCCAGCUCUCCUUCGACUAUUCUCUCAUUCAAUUCUGCGGUGGUUCAAUCCAGCCCGUCCUCUACCUUCUCAUGAGCUCGUUUCUCGCUGGCUCCCUCCACCCUUGCGCCGGCCACUUCAUCGCGGAACAUUACUUCUUCUCUCAGGUUUCACACGGUACCGAGUCUCUUCAAGAGCUUAAGAACAGUAAAGAGGACCCCGCCAAACUGGUUCCGCAUCCGCUCGACUCUCUUCCCCCGCCUGAAACUUACUCCUAUUAUGGGCCCCUAAACUUCUUUACAUACAAUGUCGGACUGCACAAUGAGCACCAUGAUUUCCCCGCUAUACCCUGGACCAGGCUUCAUGAACUCCAUCGCAUCGCCAAAGAGUUCUAUGAGCCACUACCCUGCCACCAUAGCUGGGUGUGGGUGAUCUGGACCUUCAUCCUGGAUAAGAACGUCGGCAUGUGGUGUCGCGUCAAGAGAGCACAGGGCGGUCGUCUUGUGGGUGGAGGCGGCAAUGGUCGUGGUGGAGAGGGAAUUUCGGCUUCCUCGUCGGCUGGUCCGCAGGAACCCGAAAAUGGGUGGAAGGAAAGCGAGAUCCAAAACUGAUUUGCUCGCAUUAUCGACCUCAUUACGUUACUGUAUACGGUGUUUUUUGAUUGACGACCCCACAUCCAGCCUUGGGAAGUGUACUACUAUCCAGAUACUAUGCUUGCAACUAGACACGACAUAUAUCUUUCGCCCGGUCUUCAGUUUUGAGUUCCUCCUUCUAUCACAGACUGGUUUGCGCGGCUCCGAGUUAUGUAACCGAACAAGAUGGAGAUUCGCAAUGUUUGAUUGGUAGCCCGAUCGUCAUCUAGCCAGAAUAUAUUGAUGAACCG